AUGGAGUUGUUAAUUCAUUUACCUUCUUGUUGUCAUUUCACCAGAGACCUGAAGCCCCACAAUCUUCUGAUGGACCGCAAGACAUCAAUGCUUAAAAUUGCUGAUCUGGGGCUUGCAAGAAGCUUCACUCUGCCUAUCAAGAAGUACACUCAUGAGAUAUUGACCCUUUGGUACAGGGCUCCUGAGGUUCUUUUGGGAGCUACUCACUACUCAACAGCAGUGGACAUGUGGUCUGUUGGUUGCAUAUUUGCUGAGCUAGUCACACAGCAAGCUAUCUUCGCUGGAGAUUCUGAGUUACAACAACUGCUGCACAUUUUCAGAUUGCUGGGUACACCAAAUGAACAAGUCUGGCCAGGAGUGAGCAAGCUGGUGAAUUGGCAUGAGUAUCCACAAUGGAAGCCCCAACCACUCUCAUCAGCUGUCCCCAAUCUGGAUGAAAAUGGACUUAACUUGCUAGCUGAAAUGUUGCAUUAUGAACCAUCAAGAAGGAUUUCAGCAAAGAAAGCCAUGGAACAUCCUUAUUUUGACGAUUUAGACAAAUCGUAUCUUUAAACAGCAAUCCGGCUGGGUUGUUUUAUGAUUGUAGCUUUUUUCCACAGAAGACAUGUGAGAAGUCUGGAGCAGCUUUUGCAUCUGAAUGCAUCAAGUGCCAGGAUGGUAAGCAUGUGAAAAAACAAUGCCAAGAAGGGAAAGUCUGUUGUGUUAUAGAGUAAGAAAACAUCCAAAAUAUUGAGGACAGUGUGUAUAAGAAGAAGAAAAGGGGUACUAAGGCUAAACAGCCACAGUCUCAAAAUAAUACUAAAGUUACAGUUGUUGUACCUCUUCGAAGUUCUGCUAGGAGAGCUAAAAUUGUGCAGGUGCAAGAGAAAAAAGCUAACAAGAAAGUUGGGCGGCCAAGGCGAAAAAAAUGAAAUCAAGAAAAGGAACUACGAAGAAACCAACACAAAUUGUUUCACAGAAGAAGAGAACAAAAGGUCUAUCCUGGUCUCCUGCUGUCACAGAAGAACGAGUAGUAGGAGAAAUCUUCUUGUUCUUUCUGGCGAAGGGUUGGGAUUCGAACUCGUGACCUUGUGGUUACAAGUUUGUAUCCUUAGCUAUUUUUGCUAGGGUUACCCCCGGCUUCUCUUUAUCUUAUUUUCUUAGAUGGUGGCUCUGGUUUAGAGAGUAAGGGAGUCACUAAGUGAUGGAUGAGAUAAAAUAUCACUGCUUCCCUCUAUCUAGUUCUUCCUAUUAUUUGUUUAGUGCUGCUCUUUGCCCUUAA